CGAGGCUAUGGUGGACCAAGCGAAAGGCUGGAAAGUCGUAGCGUGCGUAGGUAGACGGAUGAGGUUUUUCGUUUUUGUUGAGAUUUUUUCUUGUUCCACCAAAAAGUGAGAUCUCUUUUCAGUUUUGGUCCCCAAAAUCAGUGUUUCAUCUCACCAAUUAAUCAUGGCAGAGCCUAAAAUCCACUCGUCGCUCAAAAUCUGCUGCAAUUAAUCGAUCGACGGUCGAAAACCUAGAAACCGAGAAUCAACAGAAAUGGAGAAUGGCCAAAAGCCUGGGAGGAGCGACGCUCGUCUAUCCAUAGAGGAAGAAAGAGAGAUGGAGGCCAAAACUCGAGAGUACUUCAAUGGCGUCGCACCGAAGCGCCAUACUAAGCCUCAGCGUAGCGAAUUCUCUGCGCAUUAUGUCGACAGUGUAAAUCGCAAGGAUGAUUACAUUCCUGAACUCGCCGUGUUUCAGCGCCUCGAAUCCGAUCCUCGCGAGAGACUUGCUUGUGAUGGUCAAAACGGCAACAUCUCUGAGGAAUUUGUGGAGACGAAGUAUUACGACGAUCUAAAUUAUGUGGACAAACAGCACCACCACACGACAGGAACAGGAUUCAUCAAAAUGGAGAAUGGAGAUUGCAAAGGUUUCAAACUCGCAGCGGAUUCUGCUACUGCCACUUGCUGCCAUGCCUCAUGCAGGGGAAAUCCAGCCACCAAUGAAUGGAUUCCGGCCAGUAAUGAUCAGGAAAAUGUUAUUUCUGGCAAGCCAAACAGGAGUAAUACUUAGUGAAGAAACUGACUUACUGGAGCUCAUCAAGAACUAUGCAUCAUGUCAUCAUCAAAAUGUUGCUUUAUGGUACUUUAAGUUUGAAAAUGUGGAUUUUAUGGACUUUGGUUACUUAGCAAGGUUUAAAUAAGAUAGAACUACAAAGAUAGUCCACCCUGCAAC